CCUGCGCAGCAUCCCCUCAGACGCUCCAAGAUCACAUCUCGCGAAAAGUAAUGAUUAUUUCGGUCUACGGGCGCCUAGUUCCGCGUAUUCCCGUAGUGGCGCUGCGAGUCGAACGGGAGUGGGAAGGUGUACGUACCUCAAUAGAGUCCAGUUAAAACGUAAUUUUAGUUCUUGAAAUUGAAAAAUUGCGGAUGUAUCGUUACAAGUGUAUUGUAGCGGACGCGUUACAUACGUUGCGAUUGAAAUUCGCAUUGGAUCCGCGUUCGGUUGUGCUAAAUCGUUUUAUAACGUACGCCGUCGUCCAUUAUACCGAGUGAUUUAACACGGAUAUGGAGGACAGGAUCGACUCAAUAAAUUAGUGUUAUGUGCUGAUCGAAUAAAAUGUGCAAGUUAUUGUUGAAAGUGCAUCGACCGUGUACAAACUGGUGGUAUGCCGACCGGGUGCUACGAUGCACGAGCGAUCGCCACACUCCUUAGGAUAGGGCUCGUAUUGACUCGCGAUACUGAGAUAUAAAGGACAUGUUCAUUUAUGAAUCAAUUACUUAUUGACAAUAAAUUAUUGCACCACAAGAUGCUAAUAAACCCAACGGGGCGGACAAAAUCGACCGCACCGUGCGGCCCACACGCGAAAAACAUCUGAAAAUAUAUAUUCACUCCCUAAUGGCGCUGGAUAAAAUUCUUCUCUUCAUUGCCUUUUUCGCGGUCGUCAGCGCGGAGUACAAUGAGGUGGAAGCAAAAAAUAAAACGCAAGAAACCAUGGCGGCGAAAAGGGAGCAAAGAGCCAGGUUCGCGGCACCGGAGCCGGUGCGCGGCUCGUUCCAGAAGCUGAGCCACCUCAUGAACAGGACCGAAGACAGGAAUAGCAGGCGCAGGAAGCAGAAUAUCAAUAAAAUAUUGCAACUGAAUCGAAAACACAAAGCGCCAAAUGACGAUAUGAUGAACGACAACGAAGGUGCCAUCGCGAUUAACCAGAAGUCUCCAGGAGACAACGACACAAAUACACUGGCGGACAAGAUGAAGGCUCUCAGACGAGAAGGGCCGACGUACGAGGCGAUCUAUAAGAACAAUUACGUGCCCCAAGUGACAGGAGUGUUCUGUGACUUCGAGAAGCACAACGAUUCCGUAGAUAUGUGUAAAUGGCAAUGGAACUCGACCGUUUCCAACCACGGUCUGGGUUUUCGUGUGGUGACGGCGGCUGAUAUCGUGGAAAUGAACAUGACGACGAGAGGUCUCAAAUUUUCCGGACCGCAGACCGAUGCUGAUGGAAAUAAGGAAGGUCAUUUCCUGUAUCUUCCGGUGGAUCCCACGAUGGAGAACAUGGUGAUUAAGUCACCACCAUUUCGAGGUCUCUGGGAAUUUUGUAAGUUCGAAGCUCGUCUUCACCAAAAUAAGAUGCAAAAUGCAAGUAUAAGGCUGGUCUCCGAAUCUACAAUUUCCGAAGUGCAAUGGAUUCUUCAAGAAGUCGCAGGAAAUAAUUUCGAUAGUUGGCAGCCCUUGCGGUUCAUGAUUGGUAAAGUCCAGCAGGAAGUGCGUAUAAUAGUCGAGGUAACCAGACCGAGUUACGUGAGCCUUACGCAGACUCUACCACAUAUAGCGCUCGACAACAUCCGCAUGGUGGAGUGUUUACCUGAACCGCCGGUGUUCAAUGGUGAAUGUCAGAACGGGCAGCUUAAGUGCAAAAUUAUGAAUAAGGAUUCCUGUAUCAAGCUGCAGCAAGUUUGUGACCUUGUGAAAGACUGCGAUGAUGGCAGUGAUGAGAACCAGAAUUGCGACAAAAUGCCGUACGGCUCAUAUUGUAAUUUCGAGCAAGACUCAUGCGGCUUCGAGAAUGUUCCUCAGCCGAUCCUAAAAUGGUCGCGUCACAGCGGUCCCACGCCCACUGACAAGACAGGCCCGAACUACGACCACACGUGCGGCCCAACGCUGGUGUACACCACGGCCAACCCCAUGGUGCCGCUCUCACCCGCGCACAUGAACUACACCCUAACAACGUGCGUCGGCUACUAUUUCUUCGUGAACAUGAAUGUAACCGGACCGAAUAAGGAGAGGGCUGACUUCGCAUCUACUGCGGUUAUGAAAACCGUCAUCUUCAAUCCGCCGCCUAAGCUUCACGGAGAUAUUAACUCUAGAUAUUAUAACUGCUGCAUGAUUCGAUUUUACUACCAACAAAAUGGUCGCAACUACGGCUCUUUAAGCGUUGACGUGGUCGAACUGACUCCGAGAGGAAAUAUCACCACGUCACUCUGGUUCUCCACUAAGGAUAAAGGGGAGAAUUGGUACAGAGCUGCCAUUUUUCUGCCAAAUAUAACGCGAAGGUACUAUUUCAUCUUCAAAACUCGCAUGGGCAUGCGGAUCUACUCGGACUCUGCGAUAGAUGACUUUUCGAUGGCACCCGAAUGUUUCGGCCUAAACAUAAACUCCACAGCGUUAGGAGAUUACAAUUAUUACGAUCCCAUAUUCGAAGAGAAGACCACGCCUCAUCCAGAUUUCGUUGAUGCUACAUAUUACCGUUUCUCCACCUGCGGUACCACGGGCCGUUACGGUCCAAAUCAGACCAUGUGUGACAUCGCCUACAACAAUACGCCCGUAGCGGUAACGGUGCUGCAAGGCAAGCCCUACCAGGGGAUACAAGUGUGGGAGGUGCCUAACGAGGGGUUGUAUACCAUCCUGGCGACGGGCGCGUCGGGCGGGCUCGGCUCCAUGUGGGCGGGCGUGUCGCACGCGGCGCAGGCGCGCGGCCUGUUCGAGCUGCACCGCGGGGAGCGCCUCUACCUGCUGCUGGGCCAGCAGGGCAUGAACGCCUGCAAGAAGACUCUGUCGGCGCAGGAGAGUCAGGAGUGUUCCAGGAGGGAUUCCAAUGAGACGGCUAUCGUGUUCACGAGUAAGACGCACGAGGUGCGCAACACGCACGUGAACGACGGCGGGGGAGGGGGAGGGGGUGCUACGUUCGUCUUCCUGUUGGACAAAGAAGGUCAGCCUAUACCCUUGCUGGUGGGAGGCGGUGGAGGAGGUCUAUCAGUGGGGGUUUUCAGGGACGACGGUUCACAGCACGCUCGAGGACGAACAAAUACCACGCCGGAAUCUGGCUACAUGUACGGCCAGCCUGGGAAGACUUCUGGUGCUGGUGGAGGAUGGAUAUCUCGGCCAGGCCCGAUAACGCCAGGCUUUGAACUGGUUCGUGGCACGUCCCUAAGGGAAGGAGGAUUCGGUGGUGCGGCGUGUUCUGGGGGAGCCCAUGGGGGCUUCGGUGGCGGGGGUGGGGGAUGUCUGAGAGGAGGUGGCGGUGGAGGAUGGGUUGGUGGUAACACCAAUGAGGGUGAUGGGCAGCACGGUGGAGGGGGAUGGUCAUAUGUGGACAUCAGCCGGGGGAUAAAAGAAUAUGCGGAAGUCAAUAUGGCCUUGAGAACUGGCCCUGGUGAAGUUUUGGUGGUUCCGGCUAUACAUAAAUGCGGCUGCAACUACCGAUGUGUCGCGAUGAACGAAUACAGGAGUGAAGUGAAGUGCUAUUGCCCGUCGUCUUGGUCCACGGACGCCAAUGACCCCACCAAGUGCAUAUUGGAGGAAGGCUGGCCCCAAAUGUGGCUGAUAAGCCUUAUAGUACUAUCUAUCAUCGUGGUGCUGUGUCUCGGAGUCAUAUUCGUGGUUUCUCUUCAUUUUUACAAUAAAUAUCAACGUAAGAAAGAAGAGGAUCUGAUACAGAAACAGAUAAGACAGCAGGAGUUACAGCUACACAGAUUAAGAACGGCUCCUGGAGGCGACAAUACCCUGAACAUGGCCUUCAACCCGCACUACGGCAGCGAGAGCUUCCUCCCUCAGGGGGUCGACGUCAGAGGGCUGCCAAAAGUAGCCAGGGAGAGUUUGAAGCUUGUCAAGGCGCUCGGGCAGGGCGCGUUCGGCGAGGUGUACCAGGGGCUGUACCGCCACCGCGCGGGCGACGCGCUGGAGAUGCCCGUCGCCGUCAAGACGCUGCCCGAGCUGUCCACGGGGCAGGCCGAGUCCGACUUCCUCAUGGAGGCCGCCAUCAUGGCCAAGUUCAACCACCCCAACAUCGUGCACCUCAUCGGCGUCUGCUUCGACCGCCACCCCAGGUUCAUAGUUCUGGAGCUACUGGCCGGUGGGGAUUUGAAGAAUUUCCUCCGAGAGAGUCGUCCCCGACCGGAGAGGGCCAGCGCUCUUACUAUGAAGGACCUCUUGCUUUGCGCGCUGGAUAUAUGCAAAGGAUGCAAGUAUUUGGAAGCAAAGAGAUUCGUUCACAGGGAUAUAGCUGCGCGCAAUUGUCUACUGACUUCCCGCGGACCCGGACGAGUUGUGAAGAUAGCUGACUUCGGCAUGGCCAGAGACAUCUACCGUUCUGACUAUUACAAGAAAGGGGGGAAAGCCAUGCUGCCUAUUAAAUGGAUGCCCCCCGAAGCCUAUAUAGAUGGGAUAUUUACGGUCAAAACGGAUGUCUGGUCCUACGGCGUGCUACUUUGGGAAGUUUUCUCGCUGGGCAUCAUGCCGUACACCGGCUGCGCGAACCGAGAGGUUAUGCAGAUGGUAUCUGGUGGCGGGAGACUGGAAAAACCACCUGGCUGUCCGCCUGACGUAUACAGGCUGAUGUGUGAGUGUUGGAACCCUGCCCCCACCGAGCGACCUUCCUUCGCUCAGAUGUUCGACAGACUACAGAGAUUAGUGCAGGAUCCAGAAAUAACGGACGCACCUCUCCCGCUUCUAUGCUCAUAUCUUGCACCCCCUGAAUUACCUGAAGCUAAUGGACCACAGCGCUCGGCGGGCGACUACCUCGUGCCACUAUCGCCUCAGGACCAGCCGGGGGAUGCUAGCCCAAUGGAUCCGUUGGUACUUCAUAGCAAAUCGCUAACGGCGACACAAGAGAAGGCAGAAAUAGAGGAUUCACAAUAUCAACAUCUUCUGAAAGCAUCACAAGAAUAUGGCAACAUUCCAAUGGCGUCGUUGGGCGCGAACGUGACCGUCAGCGCAAAACGCGACGUCUCCACUGCUGCCAACGUGGAGACAAGGACCAACACAAAAUUUCUGCCGUCUAACUCGACUGACAGGUUAUUAAGUUCAGUGGAAGGCACAUCAAUGGACGACGAUACGGCCUCAGAGACAGAUGAAAAACCCGCUGUCUGGGAGACUUCUUUCACCGAAAUCAGACCCAAGACUCCCUCUGUUGAACCCGCACUGAGCACAGACCCUGGACCCACCGUCGACAAACUUAUAAGCAUAACGCCGACGUCACCAAAACCUCCAGAAAACGUCCUGUCCCAGGCGAUAGAGUCUUCUGUCAUCGACAAAACAAAUAUCAGCUCUCUCACUGUUGACAAGAAAGCGGCGCCAAUCGCUUCCCCCGACCCCCCUCGAAUAAACGCUUGGAACAAAGAUCCUCCAAAACUGUUGCCCAAAGCAAAACCACUGUGCUUAGACGCAGCUCAAUUGGAACAAAACUUAAAUGCUCUGAAGAAAAACAGCGGUUCAGUUAACUUAACAACUAUGAAUACAAUGAGAAUUCUUCCGCCUUAUAUAAACGUGGUCACUCCGAAUAAAUUGUCAGAAUCGAAGACGAUUCAAAUCGACCCGAAGAAAGCGGUUAUACAUGAUCUCCAAUCACCCCAGGAACCGGAAGCGAAGGAUGAUAAAGGGAAGUUGAAGCAAUCGAGUUCCGCGGCAAGUCUGCUUAACGGACCCAUGACAGACGUACCUUACGCCGACAGCGACAAUGCGUCCUCCAGCUCGGGCAGUAACGCACAGAAUAUGGUUAAUAAUAAAAAAAAUAAAAAUUACCCCGAAAUAGUGAUUGGAAGUAAAAAAGUUAUUAAACAGGGUAGCAACGGGGAAUUCGGUGAUUCGGAAAUUAGUUGUUAAGAACACUAAAAAAUAAAAUGGCCACCUAUCGAACGUCUAAUUAUCUUGUGAUGAAGUGAAGUGUCGCCGUUUGGACGUUUUUAAAUUAGGAAAAAUGCAUAUAUUGGCUCUGGUUUGUAAAUAUAAAGUACGUUUUUAAUAAAUAACAUUCACUGUAAGAAUUGUUUUUAUCAAUUGUUGUUUUGAAUACUUUUCAAUCUAUGACAAUCUGUUAAGUUUGAAUUGAGAUUUUAUUUAAAAUGCUUCCUAAGUGCUUAGUAUUAUAAAUAGUUUAUUAUGGUUGCUCAAUUUGCUCAAUUUGUUGCCAAAUUAGAACAAUAAAUUUAGAUUUUUCUAUGUAACCACAAAGUAUAGUUAUUUCUUAUUGAUAUUUUUGUAUGUUUGGACUCGCUUGGGUAGCAAAAUUUUGAAAUAUUUUUAAUCUAUAUCAUACAACAUGACCACAGCCGGACAUACGCACACAGUGGUACUUACUAUAACAUUUUAGUAAUAUCUUUCACAUUAAAUUUAGAAAAGAAAUUUAUAACUUUAAGCGAAUUUCAUUUAAUGAGUUAUAUACACAGAUAAUAUAUUGAAUACAUAUAUUUUCAUUUUAUACUCUAUGUCUAAUUGAGUUAUAAUUAAAUAUUUGUUUUAUUUAAUCUGUGCCAAAAUGACUAAUUAGAAAAAGUAGUAAAGCUUACAUAUUUGUAAAUAAUAUAUAAAGUAGUGAUUUGUGUAAUUCCGCCCCGGCUAAGAUAUAAAAUGAAAAUAACGUAUGUUAUGUUAAAUUUAGAUGUAGAGAAAAAGCGUUAUUUUAAUUUUAUUUAUAUUAUAAAAAAAUAUGUUAUCUGUGGUGUCGAUGUUUUCGUUUGACGUAUAUGAACUAAAAUAUUAAACCGUUAAAGGAUUAGAAAAUAAUUAUUGUAGGAUAUUUCGAAACGGUUUUUUGCAACAAUUUUAAUUUUAAUUUUUGAAACAAGAACAUUUUCAAUAUAUAAUAUUAUUCCAUAAUAGUUUUUCCAGGCAGCACUGUUUAAAAAAAGGAAUUAGUCAUUGACAGCCCAAGGUGGUUAAAAUAUAAAAAAUAAAUUUAAUAGUUUUAUCAUACAUAAUAUAUAUGUCAUAUGAAAAAUAUGUGUGUAAGUUACAUACAUGGAUGCUUUAAUUAAAUUUUAAGAUAGAAUUAUAAGUAAAAAACUAUAGAAUGAGUUUUUAUUUGAAUGAAGUUAUCAUUUGUUCAUCAGAGUAGUGCCAAAAAUGCCACAGCUUAUACUUGCAUUUAUAAUUUAAUCUGUUUAGGCACGAAAUGACAGGGUAUUUUGAUUUUAUUUGAAUUGGUUCGAAGUGAGUUUAUAUACAAAUAUAUAAAUUAAUGUGAAAAUUGCACAUUAUGUAAUUAUUUGUAGUAUAUAUUUUAAGAUUCUUCUCUUUUAAAUACCCGUCUAUAAUUUAUUGUACAGAUUUAAACAUGUUAGUUAUAGGAAUUAAAAUUUUCAUUAAGAUUUAAAUAUAUACUACGAAAAAAAAAUACAUUAUACUAUAUAAGUAUUAUUUAAUUAAGGCACGGUUUUAAUUGUUGAAUGAAUUUAACGUAGAUCUAAACUAAAUUGUUAUUAUGUGUUUCUAAAUGACUAGAGUCGAUGGUAUUACAGAUAUUAUCUGUAAUAUAAUACAGAUAAUAUAAAAAAAUUAAAAUUAUAUAUUUAACAGACCCUUGACCUUUCAAUUAUCAUAACAAUACAAUGAAGUAUUGUUCUCUUUAAGUUUGUAAAUUAUAUGUCUUAAGGUCAUAAAAAAUCCCGCCAUUUUUACAGUCAAAAAAAUUAACGAAAUUAUUUUAUAAUUAUUGUAAGUAAGAAUUAAGUAUUUUAAAAUAUAAAAUUACGAUUUUAAAUAAAUAAUAUGUUAAACAAUUAACGUUUGUUAUAGUGCGUUUAAUAAUAAUUUUAAUUAUAAGUUGGUGUUAAUUUUUUUAAUGCGCACAAGGCAAGCAAUGAUUAUUUAAAAAAAAAAUCUGAAAUACUAUCGACUCGAUAAUUUUACACUUCGUACCCCGCUUUUAACGCAUUUUUUUUUUGAAAUAAGAAUUCGCACUAAAGGUACGGUAGCAAAAUAAACUGUAUCUUCUUCUAGGGAAAUUAUCAAAAUUGUUUAAAUUGUUCAAUAAAUUAUUUUAAUUCAAGAGUAAUUAUAGCGGAGUUUGUUUGUUAAAAUUAUAUUUUCACGCAUAUACGUUAAGUACAAUUACGACCGAGUUAUAACAACAUCCUAACAAAUAUUUUUAAUUAAAAUACAAUUUAUUAUAAUUAUCAUUUAGGCGUAGAAAAUUGCCGAUAUAUCAGGUUUUAUUGUUUUAUUUAUUUUUUAUCAAUGAUAAUGUCUCCACAGGCUUUUGAGUGUGCCAUUUUCAUGUUUCCGUUAGUUUCUGCUCCGCUAAUUUCCAAUAUCUAAUACACACAGACACAUAUAAGUACAAAAAACUAUAUAUAUAUAUAAAGAUCUAAACCGACUAAUAUAAUUGUAACGUCUUUAUAUUGAGAGCCGUGGAUCCUCAAAGUAAGAAACUGUAAAUAAUAUAACCUACUGAGUUAAGACCUCUCCGUUCGAAGAUUAAAUGGGUUUUCGCGCCAUACAUCGAUUUUACAUGAUAUUGUUAAUACAUACAGUUGUUACUGAGUUUUAACUUUUCGGGGUCCAAGGUCUUAGUCUCGUCCUGGACUCCUCGCAUACAUGCCAACGGACCUACCGUUUCCGUCGGUAUACAAGCGAACUCCGCUGUAUUUAAUGGAAACUUGGAAUUAUUUUUUAAUUUAGUUUUAUCGAAUAUUUUUAUUAAUUUUAAUUUCAGGGUGUUAUAAUUAUUUUAUUGUAUUAUAAUAAAAAAAUAAUUUUGACUACAGCUACGAACUGCGCAAUUUUUUUGCGAAGUUAAUUGUAAUAAUAUUUAAUAUAAGUGGUCCAUUUUCUUAGUUUGUAAAAAUAUUAUUGUAACAAGAUUGAUGUCAGUGGUAAAUUAAAUUGUUUGCAAAUAAGUGAAAAUGGAAGUAAUAUUUGCUUUAUAUUUUUUGCUCAUAGGUCGAAACAACACAUUUAAAAAAAAUGCUAAUAAGGGAACGAACAUUGACGUGCACUAAUAAAAAAAAUCGAAAUAAGAAUAUUCCAGUUCAGGAUUCUAAGUAGCCAAACACGAAAACAAUUUUGAAUGAAGCAUUUAUAUUUAUUUAAUUUAUCUCUAUACUUUUUAAUUAAAAAAUAGUCAAACAUUUUAAAAUAAAAUGCAAACACUUUUAUUACUGUCGCUUGCUUCACAUGACUGAUUUUAAAUAAUUGAAAUUGUAUAAAUCGUUUUAUAAAUAAAAAAGAUAUAUGUUAUUAAGAAAGACCUAAAAUUAUUAAAAAUAUUACAAGUCGUGUGAAGUUCCUUUAACUCUUCUAACGAAUAACGUUUUAUCGUCACUUCAACUUUGCUCAAUUUAGAAUAAUUUGGUUUCAAUUAAAAAAAAAAACUUUUUUUUUUUUAUUACACGAGAAUUGUGGUUGUGACUUAAUAUAGUACUGGCAAGAAAUUUAAAAGUUCCUUUUUUAAAAAGUGACAGUGAAAUGUUAUUCACAUAUUUAUUUCUUAUUCUAACAUUAGUCAGUAUGUUUGAACAACGAAAUUAAAAAAAAUAAUAACACAACGUUUUAUUUUCAAACAAUCCUUUUUGUGAAUAAAUAUUAGAAAUAAAUUCUAAAUUCUGUAUGCAUGCUGUAUGCAACAACAAGUAUGUAUGAAUAAAUAUAUAAGUACGUGAAAUUAUAUUAAAAUGAUGUAUUAAAUUAAAAUAAAAUUCUAAUAAUAAAUGUA